GUAGGUUAGGGUUCAAAAGUAGGUUAGGUUAGUGCCAUUUUCUCUCACUAAAAAUAAAAAUAUAUUUCUCUCACUAGGAAAGAAACCCAAUUCGUAUUGCAGUUCGCUGCUCAUCUCUUCUUAGUUUUGACUGUUGAACCAAGUCCCUCUUUGUGGAGGAUUGAGAAUGGAUUUCUCGGAGCAAGACGUGGAUGUGUUUGGUGAUGAUGAGGAGAGAGAGAAUGAAGCAGGAAACCAUGAUUCUUCAGCGUCUAACUCCCCUUCUUCUUCCCCUGCUUCCUCUUCUUCUUCCUCUUCUUCUGAUGAUGACGAUAACGGCGAUGGAGAUGGCGAUAAUAGGAGAGAUUCGGGUACGAGUGGAGAGAGCAGCAGUGGUGAUGGUAGUGGAAGUGGUAGUGAUGAAGAAGGAGGAGAAUGCAGAAGUAGGUCUGAUCAUAAAGAUCUCUUUGGCUCUGAUGAUGAGGAUUAUAUGAAAACUCUAGCAAAAAGCCCAUUUCCAGUGCCCACAUUACCUGUUAUUCGCAUAUCUAACAAUCAGAACAGAAUGAACUCUGGAAGAGGUCGCUGGCAGCCUAGUUUUUCAAAUGGUGGUAGAGGAAUCCUCCCACGUGGGCCAUAUCAUCACAGGCAGCCAUUUGGCGCUUCUCAUCCAGGUCAUAGAUUUGCAAAUGGACGUCCAGAUGAACGCCUCGUUUCUGAAAUGAUGCUUUCUAUGAGUGAGGAGACUUUGUCUAGAAAGAAUGUUAAAAUACAAGAGCCUUGCGAGCUUGCAUGUUACAGCCGAGUUGAAGGUGGAGAGGUCCAUUUUGAUGAUCGUUGCCUGAGACAGUUUAGGCGCCUUGUUUCUGAAGAAGUAGGAGCUGAUCUAAAUGCAGGAUUUGAAACUUUUAUUGAAAAGAGAGACACAGAUAAUGAAGGAUUUGGUGAUCUCCUUGCUUCCAUAAGAAACAAAAAGAUCCCACUUCAAAAUAUUCAUUUUGUGACUUUCCGGAACAACCUCAACAAGAUUAUGGCGACUGCUUACAAUCGACUUGAUCCAUGGGAGAUGGGUGUACACAAGAGAAACGGUGUGGUCUAUCUUGAUGUGCAUAAGCUCCCUGAAAGGCCACAAAAUGAGCUAGACCGUCGAAGAUGCUACUGGGGUUAUUCUUUUGAGAAUCUUGCCACUGAAGAAUCUAGAAGAAAUGAUAUCGAUAAUUUGCAUCCUGUUGAUGCGAAUGUUGAAUUCUGUGCUGUCAUUAAGACCAAAUUAGGCGCACAUCGCAUAAUUAUGGGUGCUGAGAUGGAUUGCUAUGAUAUCAGUGACAAUGGGAGGAAGCAUUAUAUAGAGCUGAAGACUAAUCGUGAGUUGGACUUCCACACCGAGGAAAGAUUUGAAAGGGAGAAACUGCUAAAGUUCUGGAUCCAGUCAUUUAUAGCAGGUGUUCCAUGGAUUGUUGUCGGAUUUAGAGAUGAUCAUGGUCGUCUUCGUCGGACGGAGAGGCUCAGGGUGAAUGAUAUCAUACACAGAGUUAAGAUGAAAAAUUACUGGCAGGGGACUGUGUGCCUCGCAUUUGCUGAUGAGGUGUUCUGCUGGCUCUAUGGAACAGUCAAAGAUAAUGAAGAUUAUGUAUUGCAAUACAUGCCGCCAUCAAACAGAUUGGAGCUUCUUCAAGCACGGUCCUGCCCACCUUCCAUUACCGCUCAUCUAGAGCAACUUGGGUCUACAUAAAAAAUAGCCCAUAUCUUUCUCCAGGGUUCCGAUUGUGGUAAACAUGCAUGAGGGUUUCCCUGCAGUUGAUACUCCCUUUCUCAAUCGCUUCCACCUCUAUUUAUCUUUUACCGUUUGUAACACAAUUGCAUAAAUUAUCCAUUAUGUUUGGAGCCAGUUUUCUCUCUCUAGGACUCCUGCUGCCGAAGUUAAAAUUGUAGAUAAUAGACCUAACCUGCCCAGUGAGUCAAGCCAUCCCUGAUUAUGUUUAUUCUUGUAUGCCAAUUGUUAAAUAGGUGGGUUAUGUAAAAGUUUAUUCUAAGGGUCUGAGAUGAUUGAAUAUUCUGAAAUGGCCUUUUGUUUUUAUGUUUUUACAUGAAAUUAACGGCUUUGUAGCAU